UUGAACUGUACAAACGUGACCAAGGAGUUAUCGGGUAGCACAAUCAAGAUCAUCUACACACAAACUCCUCCUUCCCAAGCUUCAGAUGCGGUAUUUCUGGAAUUCUCAUUAACAAAUGUUUCGAAUCCAAGACCAAACAUCUACAUUUUGCUCAUGGUUGGAAAGAAACCGACUCCGAUUUUUGGACAGUUCCAAUCAUUCGUCUCGAUAGAAGACAUGAAAAUUGAAGCCGACGGAAUCAUGUCAGCUACAUUGACUGCAAAAAGUGUCGGAUCCAUUGAUAAAAGUGCUCUUAAUGAUCCCAAGAAGGCAAUUUAUAUCGGGGUCUUGCAAUUAAAGUCCGAGCACUCCAUGGAAAAAAUUGUCAACCUUACAACGUUUGAAAAUCUGGAAAAAUAUUUGGAGCCCAGGAUAUCAUCGGACUACUGCAUGAGAACAACUUCCGGUGGCGGAAGUUACUUUGACCCGAAGAACGCAACUUGGAGCAACUCUGGGAUCAAGGUGAAGACCAUGGACGCGGAAGGAAUGAUUUUGCAAACCACGCAUUUGAGUACAUUUGGCGCCGGAUUCUUCGUCAUGCCAAAUACAGUUGAUUUCAGUUACGUUUUCGCCAAUGCUGGUUUCGCUGACAAUUUGACAAUUUACCUGACCUUGAUCGUGACAAUCGUGGCAUACAUUGUCAUCUUGUUCUGGGCCAUUCGCAAAGACAAACAGGAUAUUGAACAGCUUGGUGCUUUGUCCUUGCCCGACAACAAAUCUCAAGACAAAUACCUGUACGAAAUCAUGGUGUUGACAGGAGACCAAAACAGCGCCAUGACUGACUCCAAAGUUUCGUUUAUUGUCAGCGGAGAAGACGACGAAACAGACGCGAGAACAUUUGGAAAGCCGAGCGGAUCCAAGCGCCGAUUUUUCAAAAAGGGACAAAUGGAUUCGUUUGUCAUGUCCUGUCCGAGACUGAGGAACGUUUUGAGUUCAUCUGCAAUGAUUGGCUCGCUCUGGAGGAAGGAGAUGGCAUUGCUGAUUCCAGUGGCAGGAAGCGAACAAAAGAAGGAAUUCAAGUACUUGUUCAACACAGCCAAGUCCAACAACUUGAGAGACGGACAUCUCUGGUUCAGCAUUUUUCUCAGGCCACCCAGAAGCAGGUUUACUAGGGCCCAAAGAGUGUCCUGUUGCAUGGCCCUACUUUACCUAACCAUGCUCACCAAUGCCAUGUGGUACGGCACUACCAAAGAGAAACCCGGGUCUGGCACGUUAAAGUUCGGUCCUUUCGCCUUGGGGAUCGAGCAGAUUGGAGUUGGGCUGAUGGCGAACUUUGUGGUACUUAUACCCAGUAUGCUAAUCAUUACUCUUUUCAAGAAGUCCAGGCCGAGGAAACUCAGGAAAUCCAGGAUCAACGAGGCACUGAAAGCUCAUGGCUCUUUGGACGAGACCAAGCCUCAGCAAUCGCAA